UCCUAAAAAAUGAGAAUAGAGAAAAUAGAGUUCUUCUUUGCUUCUAAGAUCAACAAAGAAAACUACAAUCUUCUUAAAAUGUAGAAAGUUAGAGAGAGCAUGAGCCACACAUCACCAUCUUCAUCAUUAUUUGCAAUCCCUUGGGAAACCAUCAUCAAAUCGACCUCCGCAUAUCACCACCACGAGCACUACCGUCAGAGAGUCCACACAACCACCACCGUCAACUUCGACCAUAGACGAACCACCACCGCAAGCAACUCCCCUUUCGUAGCCUUUUUUUUAAUGCCCACACACACAGCUGAAGCUCUUUCAAAGGUUUUGGUAGAGUGCGUGAUAGAUUGGAAUAUUGAUAGAAAAUUGUCAACCAUCACUUUGGAUAAUUGUAGCACUAAUGACGCUCUUGUUGGUAUGUUGUUAAACAAACUUGAUUGCAAGAAUAUGUCAAUUAUUUCAUAUGAGGUGUUGUGCUCACAUUUUAAAUUUAAUUGCUCAAGAUGGUUUGAGUGUUCUUGGAGAUGGUAUAGAGAAGGUUAAAGAUAUUGUUUCAUUUUGGACAGCCACGCCUAAAAGAGAACAGACCUUUAGGGAAGCAACACAUCAAUUAAAAGUUCUCAUCACUAAGAAACUUAUUCUUGAUUGCAAAACUAGGUGGAAUUCUACUUAUCGUAUGCUUGUUGUUGCACUAGACUAUAAAAAUGUUUUUAUUCGUUUGAAAAUACGAGAGCGUUUAUAUACAUGUUUGCCUAUAACAAAAUAGUGAGAAAUAACAAAAAAAAAUUGUAAUAAAUUGUAAGUCUUUAAUCGUGUAACUGAGAUAUUUUCAGGUACACAAUAUCCCACAACAAACAUAUAUUGAUUUGUGAAAUAAAACUCUCUUUGAAGCAAUGGCAGACUUGUUUAAUUGAGGUUAUUAGAAAUAUGACUUCUACAAUGGUUGAUAAAUUUGAGAAAUAUUGGUAUGUUAUUCAUGGUAUUAUGGGGAUUGUCAUUGUUUUG